CUAUCGUUGAAAUGUUUUUGCUCAUUCUUUCAGUAACUUUAUUGAGAAGUUUGGUAAUAUUUCCGGACAUGAAUUUUCGGAUGUAUAGUUGCUCAGUGCUGAUCGUUUGAUGAAGAAUUGUAACCAAUUCACAUGGCCUAGUCAUAUACACCUAUACAUCUAGUCAACGUCCUGACUCCGACAGGGAAGCUCAGAGCUAUGUUUGUUGGAAACUAAUUUAAAGUUCAAGAGUUCCAAGACAUGCCUGAUUUUACAACCAAACAUAGCUGAUCAUGGGGAAAGACAAAAAAGAUACAAAAAAACCAGUGGAUAUUGUGGGCUUUAAGACAAAGGAGACACUCAAAGAAGAGGAUGUAGCUCUGACAAAGCAGGUUAAGGAAAUUGAGAAGUGUUAUCAGGAUGUAUACAAGUUUGUGCACCAGCUUGACGUCGCCUACCAGUCUUGCAAGGAGCACUUUGCACUGCGGAGAUAUGAAGAGCUGAAGGACAUGAUAAAGGCCUGUAUCACAGAUGAAGUGAUGGGAAGUGCAGCCAAGUACUCCGCCACCAAUCAACCACAGGAGACUGGCAAGGCCACGAAACUGCUCCAGGCUGCUAAAGGUUUCUCUGAAGUCUCUGCCAGGGAUGAGGUCUCGGGCCUUCAUAAAGCCGAGAUAAUCAAAGACAUCGAAGAAAAGAAAAAGCGGAAAGAUAAGGUUGAGCUGAAAUUUCUAAGAUUGUACAACCGUCUUGUGAAGCUGAAACGUGACUAUGAGGAAUCAAAACAGCACCUUCCCAUGAACAGAUAUGGCGUGAUGAAGGAAAUUAUAAAACCGUUAAUACGGGAUGAGUCUCUGAGAAUUGAUUCUACUUAAGCAUGGAUGUAAAAUAUUUUUUUCCAAUUUGAAGUUUUAUGUCUUGAUUUUUUUUCAUUCAAUAUAGUUUAUAAUGAACAUUUGAAUGGAAAAGUAUGUUAUGCACCAGUCAAUUGUAAACACGCCCCCCCCCAGGUCCGGGGAAUAGUGGGGACUUUGACUUUUCGUCCAGCCAACCUCGGGUAAAAUCCAUAAGCUGUUGCAAAAUCCCCGCCAAAUGCCCCGCACCCAAGGGACCCUAGGUAAGGCCCAUUCCCCGCUAUAUUUUGCGCGAAGACAAAACCACCGCAUUCACCCGGCACUGCGGGGCCACCUGAAAGGUAAAACCACGGCCAAUUUCCCUGGCUAUCCCGGGUAUACCCCUGCUGGACCUAUUGGGGGGGGGGGCGUGGUUACAAUUGACUGGUGCAUUACUUAGUCUCUUUGGGUUGUCCAUUUUUAAAGCAAAAAUGAUGUACUUAAAAUGAUGAUAAGACUUAAAACUUUCAAAAUAUUUAAAUGAAACUUGGUAAUAUGCUGAAAUGAGCAAUUAAUUUAAUGACACUUGGCAUGUGAUGCAAAUUGUAUAACACAUGCUAGAGUUAUUACCAUUGAUCUAAUAGAAAAAUUGUAAACAACGGCUGUUUUCAUAUGUUUUAAAGUAAUGGAUUCAUAGGGCUGUGUUUAAAUAAAGUGUGCUUCAAACAGUGCAAUAACAUUUUAAUAUUUUUCACUGUUUGGAUAUUUUAGCCCACUGACAAUUCCAAAUCAAAUGUCAGUGCGCAUGGGAAUCUGACAUAAAAUUGAUAUAUUUCAACUUGUGAACACCAGAAGUGAAUAUUUAACUCGUGGCUACGUCACUUGUAAAUAUAGCUUUUGGUGGUCACUUGGUGAGAUAUGACAAUAUGACACGGAAACUAUCCUCUACUUGUUACAUGUGUUCAGAACAAAAUUGGACAAGGUUUUCUAUACUGUGCAAUAGUGUUUGUUGAAUGACAUUGUCAUGUGUUAUGAAUUUCAUCAUUGCCAAUUGUGUGCAAUAUGUUAAUCUUUUCACUGGAAAUUAAUUAUGUUGUAUGACUUAUGCAAAUGUUGAAGUUUGAUUUUCCCCAUGUAUUUACAUGCCUGUAAGCUACCUUUUACAAGAUCUGACAAACCUAAUAUCUCAAAUGUGGUGUUGUAGAAUUACUUGUAUAAUGAGACUGAUGCUUCAGUUGUUGUCAAACCUAAUACAUGUCACUUAUAAUUAUGUUUUAUUUGUGUGUUUUAUUGUGAAAUUAUUUGUUAAAUUAUUUGUUGCCUUUUUGAUCUAUCUAAUUACACAUUUCAUGAUUUGUGUGAAGAUAAUUAGGCUAUUUCAAAACUAUGAUUUCUGGCUUUGUAAUUAAUCGCUAUUUUUUGUCUUACAUUUUGGAUGGUUUGGCCCUAAGACAUAUCUCCCAUUUUCUGCCUGCCUUGUUGCAUUUUACUUCUUUUUAGUUUUCAUGUUGAUUGUUAGUAAGUUUUCAUUUUCAUGUAAAACUUCAAAAUAGAGUUUGGAACAUGCUGUAUACAUGUAGUUCAUUGCUUCAAACAGAACAAUUCAGUGCAAACUAUUUUGUGCACUCUAUUUUGGUUACUGGUGUUUGUGAAGUUGAUUCAUAUAUUCAUAUUGGGAUGUAACAUCAUACUUAAUGAUCUACUUAUUGGAGUUUCAUAGACAAACUAUCAGCCAGUUAUUGUUUAUAUAUUAAAAUGAAACAAAUUAUUAUUAUGGACAUUAUUGCUCAUUUUGAGUAAUUUGUUGUGUUUGUAAUAUAUAAACUAUAUCCUAUACUUAUAAUUGAGCAGUUUAUAAAUUUGUUCAUACUAUUUUUUAUACAUGUACAUGGGUAGUUUGAUAUGGUAAUCUUCAUUACAUGUACAUGAUUGUAUAAACACACACUUUUAUUAUUUUAUCAAAUUUUAAGAUGAUUUCAUUACAUCCCUGUAAUUAUUUUCUUGAUUUCUCAAUUCUAUACACCUUAUGCACAUUGUUUCUGUGCUAUGAGCUAACCAUAGAUAUUUUCUAAGUUAAAACUAAGGUUUCAAAAGCUUGCUGUAUCUAUAAAAAGUCACCUGAACAGCUACUUCAUGUGGAAUGUUUUCAAGGAGCUUUAUUUCAUUGCUGGUGUUAAGUGUUUUUGCUGUGCACAAUUUAUAGAGUAGAUGAUUAAUUAGUAAUUACUUAAAUAAAUAUAGCAAGAAAUAUGGUCACUAAUGUUACUCUCCUAUCAAUUAUAUUGAUUUUUUUAUUGUCAGAAUAAUAGAUAAUAUAUUUCAGAAAUUGUGAAUAUUUUUUAAUGCUUCAUUCAGAGUUAAGAAAGUCAUAAUGAACAGCAUUUUUAUUAACUCCUGGCACCAUUUUCUUGAAACUUUGUUUGAGGCUUAAGUUGCUAAUUUUCAUUUGGCCAAAGUACACACUUAAAUUGAAUUUUGAUAUAUGAAAAAUGGUCUAUUGUGAUUAUCAUAACCAUGAUUCCUAUCUAAGGUAUAAAAACUGUUAAAGAAGUAUAUAUUCUGCUAAUAAUUGAAAAUAAAGAAAAGUUAGCUUUAUAAUUUAAUCCUGUUAUAAGGGAAAUUGGGGCCUGAAAUUGAAUCUCAAAACGCUUUCUUGUACAGUAAUAUUGCAUGUAAUAAGUCAAUGAUACAAAAAGGGGUUUAUAUGUCUCUAGUCAUUCCCGGGAAUAUUGGAACAGUAAUACAAAAUGAAUGUUUUUGCAUGAGUGCAUUUUUGUAAAUUACAUGUAGAGUUGGGAUUAAAGUCAUAAUUUUGUUUAUUGUUUUACAUUUGUUUAUAGAUGUAAAACCAUACAGGGAAAAAUAGUUUCACUUCCGCUCAUUUCUGUUUUUACAGAAGUGAAAAAAUUGUACUUUUAUUUUGCAUGCUUGGUUUAUUUGUUUUUUUCUACCAAAAUCCGUCGAGCCAAACAGGAUAUUGAUGUGACCUACGGGUAUCAUGCGGAAAAAUUGCUCGUUAUAAUAAAAUUACGAAUCUCUACAUAUUGAACAUAUCUUUGUUUUUAGUUUUACAUUCCGUUACAUGGAUCUUAAAAUGAUAAGAGAUUUUUAUUUUUCAAAUUUAUUCCAUAAAGCAUGAAUAUCAUUUUGAAAUACAUGUACAUGUAUUGUUUUAUUUUCAGCAUGCAAUUUGAUUCUAGUUUUAUGUAGUUGUUUUAUUAUGUACAAGUAUCAAUACUGCUGAGUGUUCCAGCUAGAUUGUUCAAGAGAAUGGUUUUGAUAAUGUAAAACAUUUUGUUACGACUGAAAUUUUGUUAGCUCAUUUUGUUUUAUUUAAGAAAAAAAGACUGGGUAUUUUGAUAGCCUUGGUUUUACUGUCAGCAUUGUCGUACAAAAAACUAUUAAAGCCUUUGUCAUAAAAAAUGUUUGAUGAUAUUUUUAUGAAACUUAGAACAAAGCCUGUAACUCUUGAUUAAAAUGUUGUUGAGUUAUGUCCCUUUAUGACUGAAAAGCACACAGAUGAGGGAUGACAUUUGCUUGUGGUGCUCUUGAAUAGCAGAAAUUUUGCAAGGUAGUUUAAACAAAGGGACAUAAUCUAUAAAUUUGUAUGCUGUUAACCUUAAUGAAUGUGCAAUACUGUGGGAUGAUAAUAUACCAAUAUAACAACGUAAUCAAAGUUUAUAAUCAUAGUACCGUUAAAAAGAUACUUAAAUGUACCUAUUUUCUUUGACAAAACAUUAUUAUUAUAUACAUGUAUUGUAUGGGGAAUGAAUUUGGUGCUCAUUUGCUAUGCAUAAUUAUUAUCAGCUUAUUAUUAUCAUUGGUGCUUUGUUCUUGUUUUUUUAUUUCUUGUGUAUCACAAUAAAAAUAAAGC